AUGCCAUCAAUACCCCUCUACCCUCGCGCGUCUAAUCCCUCCGCACGCGUCAACAAUCCCCUCCCUCAGCUUCUGCGAACACCCUCCGGUCUCGCGCUUCUCGAGCUCCAAGGCACCAUCAACCUUCCACCGCAAGACAACGUUGAAAACAAUGAGUCGUCAAGGUCAUCACCUGAUGGCCCCAGCAAUCCCAAUGCUGCCCCCGUGUUCGAAACCCCAAUCGGCAAGCUCAUGUUCCCCGACUAUUCUCCGCAGGUCACGGCACCAGACGAUACGAAAUGGAUGAAGAGGGUCUAUCUAUACGUUGGACGGUAUCAGCGAAUGACAGGGGAGGUCAAAAAGCUACCACAGCCACUUGCAGUGGUGCAGCGGAGGCAGAAGGAACCGGGUGCGACGGCUGACGACAGAGAAGAGUUGGAGAUUGUCGAGAUCGUGAAGUACAAGAUCUACUUUAAGAGAAAAUCCUACGGAGCGGAGCCUGGUGAAUCGGCGGUUUGGAGGUCUCGCAUUGCGCAGGCUGGCUAUGGACGCUUUGAACGCAGCGUAUGGAGACAGAUCAUUCUCGUCAGUUGGAACUCGGGAUUCUGUUCUAAUUCGAUCAUAAUCCAUGAUUCUGUCGAGCGUUUAGCGCCGAACGGACAAUUCCGAGUCAUAUACUUAUCGAUCGCUGGACUUUAUGCCCAGUUGUUUUGGUGGCGGAAAUCGAGUCGGUCUCGCAUACAAGUCGAUGAGGGUGUCGAGCAGAACAUUCCGGCUACUGCUGAUUUCCGUCAUCAUCCAUAUAUCUCUAUUUGCGUUGAUGGAAUCUGA